UGUUGCGCAUUCACGACAUGCCUGUCUCACUGUCCGUUUGGCGCAAAGCCCGUUCUCCCAAAGUUUCAGUGGCAACCAGUGAAUUGUAGCUUGUCUGUCGCAGUAAAAUUAAAUUGCUGGUUUCGAAACUCCCCGAGGAGAACCGGACGCAUUCCAGGCAAUAUAGCGGCGGUGUAAUUAUUGUUUACUGCACAAGAUUGGGGAGGCGGUGCAAUUUUGGAUCCUGCUUUAAUAUUGGAUCUUUACUGUUUGAACAACUAAAAAUGGGAACAAUGGGAUUCACAACAAUGUACAAGACUGCUGAGGUUACACAUUCUUUAGAAAAUACUAGAGUGGUAGACUUCCGAAGUGAUACAAUCAGUGUUCCUACGGAAGGUAUGAGGCGAGCAAUCUAUCAGGCGGAAGUGGGAGACGAUGUUAUGGGAGAGGAUCCCUCAGUUAAUGCACUGGAAAAGAAAGCAGCCAAGAUGUUUGGAAAGGAGGCAUCAAUUUUCGUCCCUAGUGGGACUAUGGGAAACCUGAUAGCAACAAUGGCACACUGUGAUCGUAGAGGCUGUGAAAUCAUUCUCGGAGAUAAGAGCCACAUGCUAUUAUGGGAACAAUCUGGACCAGCACAGUUGGGCGGGAUUCAGAUGACAACGGUUACCAACCUCCCGGAUGGAACUUUUAGCCUAGAGGAGAUGCUAACCAAAUUGCGGGAUGACUCUAACGUUCACACCACAACCACUUCUCUCAUCUGUGUAGAGAACACACACAACUGGUGUGGUGGACUGCCCCUUCCACUGCCUUGGAUGGAACAGCUGGCCACGAUCUCGCGAGAACUGAAGAUCCCCCUGCAUAUGGACGGUGCCCGAGUGUUCAACGCUGCGCUCUGCUGCGACAUGUCAGUGGCAAAACUAUGCAAAGACUUCUCCUCUGUGUCUGUAUGCCUUAGUAAGGGUCUUGGUGCACCUAUUGGCUCAGUGUUGGUCGGUGACAAGCAGUUCAUCACCAAGGCACGCCGCCUGCGGAAGGUGGUAGGUGGAGGGUGGCGGCAAGCUGGCAUUGUGGCAGCAGCGGGUCUCUAUGCCCUGGAGAACAUGGUGGAUCGUCUCGCGGUGGACCACUCAAGGGCACGAACUAUAGCCGAAGGUGAGUCAGAUUUAGAUUAUCAGACAAUCAGUCAAUACAAUCUUUUUCAUUCUGCACAAUUGUGCAUCAAAUGGUGUCAGGAGAAUUGUUACAAGUAAAACUAAAGAUAUAGU